GAGGGUGGUGGGAGAUGCUGAUGCAACCGGAGGAGGGGGCCGAGGAUCCGGCUGCUGCCAGCAGAGAGAUCCGCUGCUGCUGUGAACUCACUAUAAAUACCAGACACAACCAGGAAUAAUCUCUGGACAUUUAUCAAAGUAUCAAACAGCAGAAACAAGGAGAAACAUCAGAUCGUAGAUGUUUCUGCAGCACAGAGCGCAGUAUGAAGAAGUCGGUGCGGCCCGCGGUGAGUAAAGCCAGCGGGGAGCGAGGGAAGGCGGAGGGAAACACCGGGACCGGGAAGCCUGCAGCCAAGAGCAGCGCUGCACCGCUGUCCAAGGUGAAAAGCAACGAUGAUCUUUUAGCAGCGAUGGCGGGAGGAGCUCCUGCAUCGAAUAACGCCGUCAACAAGAGCAAGAGGACGGCCUCCACCGGGACCAACGUUAGCAACCUGGACAGCAAGCCAAAGACCACAGCAGGCACUUCAUCAAGGCGUGCAACCUCGUCCAAUGCCAAGGAGACAAACUCCUCGCGGGAUCGUCUCCGCAGCUCCAGGACGGCGGCCUGUAAGAAGCAGCCGGGGUCGGGGGCAGCGACGGGCGAUGCUUCGUCGGGGAAACGCUCCCGCAGCCAAAUCCUGGUGGAGUCUGAAGGCCGCAUGAGCAAAUCUAAAUCUGACGGUCAGAUCAGCGACAAAGUGGCUCUGGAGACCAAAGUGAAAGACCUGCUGGGUUUGGCUCAAAGCAAAGACGUGGAAAUCCAUCAUCUGCGCAGCGAGCUGAGAGGCAUGAGGGCGCAGCUGGGCCUGGGAGGGAAGGAGGACACAAGGGAGGAGGAGGAAGAAGAGGAGGAAGAAGAGGAAGAAGAGGUGGAGAAGCCGCCUCCUCCUCCUCCUCCUCCUCCUCCUCCUCCUCAUGUGUCAGCUAUCACCGCAGCCGAUGUGGAGUCGACCCUGAUCCUCCUGCAGGAGCAGAACCACGCCAUCAGGGAGGAGCUGAACCUGCUGAAGAGUGAGAACCGCAUGCUGAAAGACCGGCUGAACGCGCUGGGAUUCUCUCUGGAGCAGCGGCUGGACGCCUCCGACAAACUGUUCAGCUUCGCCUCCCUGGGUGAUGGAGGAGGAGGAGGAGGAGGGCAGAGUGAUGGAGGAGGAGGAGGAGGAAGAGGAGGAGGAACGCUGACCUCCUCCUCUGUGGAGGGAUCGGCCCCCGGAUCCCUGGAGGAUCUGCUCACCGGACACCAGCAUGGAGGCUCCGCAGACAACCUGGACAGUGAAUCCAGCGAGGUGUACCAGACGGUGACCUCCAGCGAUGACGCUCUGGACGCCCCCUCUGGAGCCUCCUCCUCCUCAGAGUCAGAGUGCGCCCCCAGCAGGGAGCGCUCCCGGAGGGGCAGCAGCGACAACGCCAGCGAGGUGUCGGUGGCCUGCCUGACGGAGCGCAUCCACCAGAUGGAGGAGAACCAGCACAGCACGGCGGAGGAGCUCCAGGCCACUUUACAGGAGCUGUCCGACCUGCAGCAGAUCACCCAGGAGCUGAACGGGGAGAACGAGCGCCUGGGCGAGGAGAAGGUGAUCCUCAUGGACUCCCUGUGCCAGCAGAGCGACAAACUGGAGCUGUACGGCCGGCAGAUCGAGUAUCUACGCUGCCUCCUGGAGGAACACCACAUCUCCUACAGCCUGGAGGAGGACAUCAAGAGCGGACGCUACCUGGAGCUGGAGCAGCGAUACGGGGAUCUGGCAGACAACGCCCGCUUCGAGAGGGAGCAGCUGCUGGGCGUUCAGCAACAUCUGUCCAACACCUUAAAGAUGGCCGAGCAGGACAACGCCGACUCCCAGGAGAUGAUCGGAGCGCUGAAGGAGAGGAACCACCAGAUGGAGCGCAUCAUGGAGUCAGAGCGGCAGGGCCGAGCCGCCAUGGGAGCAGCGCUGGAGGAGUAUAAGAUGGCGGUGAGCAGCGACCAGGCGGAGCUGAGUCGCUGCAGAGCUCAGCUGGACCAGGAGAGGCAGAGGGUCGCAGAGCUUUACUCCCUCCACUCGGCGGGGGACAAGAACGAUAUCUGCCAGCUGCUGGAGGGCGUGAGGCAGGGGAAGGAGGAGGCGGAGGCCAAGGCUGCGAAGCUGCAGGAGGAGCUGGAGAAAGCUCACAGUGAACUCACACGCCUGCAGGAGACCUUCAGUAAGCUGGACGGGGAGUACAGGGACUUCAGGGAUCGGGUGCAGCGGCAGAUGACGGAUCAGGAGCGCAUCGUGGAUAAGCAGCGGGGGGAUCUUCAGGAGAAAGAGACGGAGAUCGCAGAUAUGAAGGAAACAAUCUUCGAGCUGGAGGACGAGGUGGAGCAGCACCGAGCGCUCAAACUGCACGACAACCUCAUCAUCACCGACCUGGAGAACUCUGUGAAGAAGCUGCAGGACCAGAAGCACGACAUGGAGAGAGAGAUUAAGAUCCUUCACCGCAGACUGAGGGAGGAGUCGAUGGAGUGGCGUCAGUUUCAGGCCGACCUUCAGACGGCCGUUGUCAUCGCAAACGACAUAAAGUCCGAGGCUCAGGAGGAGAUCGGAGACCUGCGGCGCCGCCUGGUGGAUAACCAGGAGAAGAACGAGAAGCUGUGCAAGGAGCUGGACGACGUCAAGACCCGCAA